CCUUUUCGAGCUUCCGUCUAAGCCAUCCUCGACGCUCAGCCUGAUGCGCAUUGGCAUAUAUCGUUGCACAUCUCAACCCAUACACAGCGCUGCCACCUUGGCCGUUGUUGGACAGAAUAAACCAGUCUACUUGCCUUGCUCAAUAUCGACUUCACAUCGAUCACUUCAGCUGUUACGGAUCACCCGGCUCAAGCGCAUGAGGCAGCAUUAAGAGAGCAAUGGCCGCUGGCUGGGGUAUUUUCUUGGUUGUGUUGGUGAUUGUUGUAGUGCUUGGUGCUGCUGGCUACAUACUCUACGCGCAUUACCGGGCACGCCGGCUAGGUCUCCCACCACCCAGCCUCAACCCGUUCGCCCGCAACCGACGAGAGAACUCUUCGUAUCGAGCACCUACGCCCGCCCCCAGCGGUGUCGUAGGCUGGGUGACGGACAAGUUCAGCGCUCUGCGCAACAAGCGCACGGCUGGCGGUGCGUAUGAGAGCUCCGGUUACGGCGGCGCAAGAGGUGCGGAUAGAAGCCAUCGUGGUUUCGGUCCGCUCGAUCCCGAUGAAGCUUGGGAUGCGCGGGUAGACAACGAGGCAGGAGGCUACUAUGAGGAGCAGGAGCUGGGUCUGCAAGAUCCAGCUCACGGCCCGUAUGCAGGCGGCGGCUAUGGUGAAGUGGGCAUUGGUGGCAUUGAGGAGGGUCGCGGCCGGAGCAGAUCACGACAACGGGAGCUCGAUGCGAGGUACGAUGAGGAAGUGCAUGGCGGCGCAAAGCAAGGAGGACAGGGCAUGUUGAAUCCAUUUGGUGAUCACAAUGAGGCGCCGAGCUUGCGCAGCAUCUCUCCACGACCGCAUGUAGAGACAGACCCGCGGUCGAGCGCAGGUACGCAUGGCAGGAACAACGCCAACCUGGGCGCGGCCGGAAGCGCGGACAAUAGUCCCACAGAAAGGCGAAGUAUGUUUCGAGAAGACGUGUAAGAAGGCUGUAUACCUACUAUUUAGCGGCCCGGCGUUGGUGUUCACGAUUCA